AUGGAUCUUUAUAAUCCUGAAUGCCAUACCAUCCCAACCAGGGAAUGCUUGGUCAUUCCUUUGCACAUUGGUAUUGUUCGACUGUCCCAUCACUUUGGACUGUUGAAAAAUCGAUCUACUUUAGCCAGUCAAGGUGUUCAGGUACAAGGAGGAGCAAUUGAUUCAGAUUAUCAGAGAGAAUUAAAGGUUAUUUUACAGAAUGACGCAGAUCAAGAAUGGACAUGUAAGAAGGGGGAUCGCAUUGUGCAACUGCUAGUGAUCCCUUAUACGAUGUGGCCUAUCAGUGAAAUUGAUCCCCCUCAUCUUUUGACUCAACGAGGUGUUGGUGUUUCAGAUCUACCAAUCCUAUUCUUCAUCCUGGUGCCAAAAUUUGGGUAA